AUUCUCGCAGUGAGAUAUUUUUUUUGUUGCUGUUGUUCCAAACAUUCUUCAAGAGUCUGACGGACCAGACUCACGUCUACAGCUUUAAUUUAACCCUGCUGCAGGUGUCACCUGACUGCAAACUGAUUUCACAUCAACAGUGUGUUAGGAUUACCUACAAAAGGAGGACAAAAUGAACUGUGGCCUGCUGACAAACAAGAAUGAGCCAGUUCCACUGAAGUACAUCGAGGUGGAUCUGCAGGUUCAGGGGCAUGUAGCGACGGUGACCUCCACCCUGCAGUAUAUAAAUGAGGAAGAGAACCACCUGGAGGCUGUGUUUGUCUUCCCCAUGCCUUCAGGAGCUGCUCUCUGCCAUUUCAGUGCCAAGAUUGCAGACCAGGAGAUAGUGGCUGAGGUGCAGGAGAAACAGGAGGCGCGGGAGCAGUACGAUGAUGCAGUGAGUUCAGGUCAACAGGCCUUUCUGCUGGAGGAGAGUGAGGAGUCUGUGGACGUGUUCAAGAUGAGUGUAGGCUCUCUGCCGCCAGGCCAGAGCGCCGCCGUCACCUUCAUCUAUAUCACUGAGCUGAGUGUACAGGCUGACCAUUCACUGCAAUUCUGCCUGCCUGCAGUGCUCAACCCCCGCUACACACCAGCCGGUUCAGGUGGUGGUAUAGUGUCAGAGAUAAAAUCAAGUUCCUCUGGUAUUCCCUACUCUCUCUCGUUUACUGCACACGUGAGCUCUCCAAACCCCAUCACUAAAGUGGAGUCCAAAUGUCCUCUAGAGCCCCUGAUGUUCCUCAACACAGACCACACAAAGGCAAAGGUAAGCCUUUGUGCAGGUCAUAUGUUUGAUCGAGAUGUCGAGCUGUAUCUAUAUUAUCAGAAUCCUCAUCAGCUCACUGCUAUAGUGGAAGCUGGAUCUCCCGCAGCACAGCCAGGGACUCUCCUGGGAGACCCUGUGGUCAUGGUCAGUUUCUAUCCAGAGUUUCCUGAGUCAGUGAUGUCCUCCGUGUCGUCAUGUGGCGAGUUUGUGUUUGUUAUGGACAGAUCUGGCAGUAUGAGCUGUGCCAUGCAUAAUGGACAAGGUGCACAAGAACGCAUCGAGUGUGCCAGGGACACUCUGCUCCUGCUGCUGAAGAGUCUCCCCAUGGACUGUUACUUCAACAUCUAUGGCUUUGGCUCUCACUAUGAAUCCUUCUUCCCGAAAAGUGUGCAGUACAGUCAGGACACUAUGGAGCAGGCUGUGAAGAAAGUAAAUGAGAUGCAAGCAGACAUGGGGGGCACGGAGAUUCUGCAACCUCUGGAGCACAUUUACAAACAGCCUUGUAUCCCCAACCACCCAAGACAGCUGUUCAUAUUUACAGAUGGUGAAGUAGGAAACACCAAAGAUGUUCUUCACUGCGUGAAGAGCAAUGCUGAUGUCCACAGAUGCUUCUCAUUUGGGAUUGGUGAAGGUGCAAGUUCUGCACUCAUCACAGGAUUGGCUGAGAACAGCUCUGGCCACGCCCAGUUCGUCUCAGGAAAAGAGCGCAUGCAGGCCAAAGUAAUGCAGUCCCUUCGCUAUGCUUUGCAACCAGCAGUGACUGAUAUCACUGAGGAUUGGACUGGUUUGUGUUUCACCCGUCUGAGCCCCCCGAUUAAUUCACUUUUCCAUGGUCAAAGAGCACUGAUUUAUGCCCAGUUGAAAGGAGAGGAAUGUCAGAACCCAGACACUAAGGGGAAAAUAUCAGUGCGGUACCGCCUAGGAGAUCAAGAGGUAACGAACACCGUCCACUUCUCCCUGAAGCUGGCUGAGGAGAGCGGACUGGCCAUCCACAGGCUGGGUGCUCGCUCUCUGAUCCGCACUCUGGAAAGGGACGAGCAGGAUGAUGGAGCUGAUAAAGAGGCUCUGAAGGCCAGAGUGGUGGAACUGAGUAAGCAGUCUGGAGUGAGCAGCUCUCACACAGCCUUCAUAGCUGUCCAUAAGGGCAGUGGACAAGCUGUGAAAGGACCACUGGUGAAGAGGAGAAUUCCUACCCCUAUGCUUAUGGCAUAUUCAAUGAGCAUUAACCGGUGUACGGCUGCACCAAUGGCUGCAUCAGUGUUUACAGCAAUGGCUGUACCAACGUGUGCACCAAUGGGUCAUCGUUUGAAAGUGAUGUCUGCAUGUGCUCCAGUUCAAGCUAGUGGAUUUCAUCCAGUGGUAGAGUGUGAUGGAGGUUUUGACAUGAACCCAGACACCCUUGAGGCUCCAAAGGACCCGUUGUUGCAGCUCGUCUCCCUCCAGAAGGCUUUGGGUUGCUGGGAAAUGGAGUCUACACUUGCAGAGGUGUUUGGGAGGACAGAAAAAGAGCUGAUCGAGCAGAUUCCUGCACAGGUGAAGCCAGAUGUCUGGGCUACACUUCUGGCUCUGAUUUGGUUACAUGGCUUUAAGAUCGAUGUACAGGUUGAGUGGCAGUUUUUGGCCAUGAAAGCAGUGGCAUGGAUCCGCACUCAGAAAGUGGUCAACCAGUCAGAGUGUGUAAGGGUAGGUAACGCUCUACUGGGCUGUCAGGUUAAAGAAGAUGCUCUUGGUCUCUGAAGACUUUACCCUCUUACAGCAUCCACAUAAAAGCCUUGGCAUCAUUUCUCUUGUCUACAUUUUAAAAGAGCUUUACAUUAAUUAGUAUAGUAGGGGAAUUACUAGUAUGCCAUUAAGCACUGGAAACUUGAUUGCCUUGUAGCGAUCAAGUAAACAGGUGCAUAAACAUCUUUGCACAGAUUUAGUGUCAACAAUACUCACUAUAAUCUUUUAGCUGCCUUAUUUUGCCUUAUUUAAAUCUCACAUAUUAAACUGUUAAUUGAGAGACCUCUUUUACAGCUAGCUGAUACAUGCUGUUAGUUGGCAAGCAACCUAAUAUAACUCACCAGUGCAAAUAUUUGUUUUAGAAAUGCAAAUUACAAGAUGCUUCCAUAAUUUCGUCUCUCAACAUUGAGUGGUUCCAUAAUUUUUUUUUCAACUUGAUCUGGAAAAAAAUGUGCAAUUAAUUAAAAUAAUUAAAUUUAAUUUGUUUGUGUAUGUUUCAUGAAGCCAUAAUGUCCAGCUAUUAAAAAUUGUUUUGUGUCAUA